GGCUCAAAAGCAGAUGGCACAAUUUCUAAACUUUUUGCUGGCAGAAUGAAAACUUACAUUAAAUGUGUUAACAUAGACUAUGAGUUCUUACAGAUUGAAGAUUACUAUGAUAUUCAACUUAACGUUAAAGGAUGUAAAACUCUAGAUGAAUCUUUUAUGAAAUAUAUGCAAGUAAAUUUAGAUGGGGAUAAUAAAUAUGACACAAGUGGUUAUGGUUUACAAGUUGCCAAAAAAAGUGUAAUCUUUGAAAGUUUUCCACCCGUAUUGCACAUACAUUUGAAUCAAUUUGAUUAUGAUGUGCAGAGUAACACUAUGGUCAAGUUAAAUAAUCGUUACGAAUUUCCUAUGGAAAUUGAUUUACAAAAAUAUUUGUCACCAGAUGCAGAUAAGUCAAAACCGUAUAAAUAUUUAUUACAUGGUUUGUAUGGAAUGUUUAUCGCAAUUAGUGUACUUGUUCACGGUGGUUUGAGUAAACAUAAUUGUCGGUAUUAUGCAUUGUUAAGACCCGAAAAAAAUCAUAGAUGGAUAAAAUUUGAUGGCAUUCGAGUUAUUCCAGUAUCAGUCAAAGAGGUGCUUGAAAAUAAUUAUGGUGGUAGUGAUUCUCCGUAUCAUAAUGUAUAUAUGUUAGUGUAUAUUCGUGAGUCCGAUAUCGAUGAAGCACUAUCUUCGAUACUUCUUGAAGACCUCCCAAAACAUUUGUGUGAAGAAGAAAAUGCUAUACGUGAACAAAAGCAAAAGGAAUUAAUAGAAAAUAGUCGAUACAUGUCGAUAAAGGUUAUAACUGAGGAAAUGUUUAAAAGUCACAAAGGAUUUGACCUUGUUAACUUUAAUAAUCAGAAAUAUCCGCUAUCUGAAGUUCCUCGUUUUAAA